AUGCCCGUGGGAUACCUGUGUGCCGAUUUCGUGGCAAAGGGUUUGCUGCGAGCAGACCUGGAGCCGAUGACCUUGGCGCCGGGCCGCUGGCAGUGCACGUCAACGGACGUGGAGCGGUUGUUGUACACCUGGAGCGUACGGCUUCGCCAGGCAUAUGACCUCACCCACCUCCCGCGGCUUGGAGCCUUUGGGGUCUUUCGAGAGAGUUUCAAAGAGCUGUCCUUCUCCGUGGUCCUGGAACCUAGUCCCGGGGAAGUCCUCAAAGACCUCUUUCAGUACAUUACUGGCGUCUGCUGGUAUUUCUUCAUGAAGUCCGAAGACUUCGUCGCGCAGGUCGGCGUGGUCUUCCUGUUGUAUUUGCUCUUCCACUGCCAAAGGGAGCAGCGAUAUGCCAUCCCGGUCAACGUGGAGAUCUUGGAGAAGGUCCACGUGGUCCGCAAGCGCUGUAUGUCCGAGCAAAUCUUGUUGGAGUUCCCCGCGGCGCUGCGCUACCUGGUGCAGGAGCAGGCGUUGUCGGUGGGCCUUCGCGCGAGCUACCGCAACCUCUUCUUCGACAAGUACGGCCACCUCCUGGAGCGCAAGGCCUUGGCCUCGGCCCACGGCCGCGGCCGCGCGGAGCGCGGCGCGACGCACGAGACGCCGCUGCCGGACACCAGAGCUUGGCAUCGGAUGAAGGCGAAGGAGAAGCCGGUGGAGGUCCACAUUCCCGCGCCGCCCGAUGUCUCCCACCUGGAAGCCCAGCUGAAGAGCUACGAAGACCUCCGAGACGGCGCCAGCGGCGCCGGGGAGGUCGACCGGAGCCUCAGCCAGCGGAUGAAGCGUUUGGCGGAGGCGUCCGCGGUCUUUGAGAAGUCCGUGCCAGUGCCGACAGAGGACCUCGAGCACGAAGCCAAGGCGCCGGUGCCGAAGCAACGGCGGCUGAAGCGGCGGCGCGUCUUUGAGGACUCGGAGGAUGAAGUGGAGGUGCCCAAAGCGGUUCCCGUCAUGGAGCUUCGCCAGGAGGGUCCUCCCGGUGAGGAAGCCUUUCGACAAGUCCGGGUCACGUCGCCCGAGCUCCAAAACUCUCGGGUCUUGGGGCUGGAUGCCGCGGUGCAGCAGGGCACGGCGGAUCAACUGCUGAAGCAGGUGGAGGAGGAAAUGAGGAAAAGUACCUUCGCGGCCUGGGAUGAGACCUUUGCGCGGCCCAGCCGCGCUUCUGCGGACCAGGCGAAGGCGGAGACGAUGCCGGAGGAGAAGGAGGAGCUGCCAGAGCUGCAGCCGAUCAAGCUGCCUGACCCGCCUGCGGCGCCUCCUGAGCGGACGGACCGACCGGCCUUUGAUGUACGAGGAGAUGGAGAUGUCCGCCGACGAAUGCGCGCGGAAAAAAAGAGAGAGCGGAGGGGCUGCUUGGGUGUUUGA